AUCCAACGGCUUUGCUUCCAAUCAAUGGCACUUCAUAUAUUCACACGUGUGUCACUAAAUUCACUGUCACCCUCAUUAUCAUUGCACCACGUGUCACCUUCCUGCCACAACUUAUCGUUGACUCCCCUCCACAGGAACAAAUCGCCGGGAACACUUCCGUCGCAGUUUCCUCCACCGCUGCGUCCUGUCUCAUCACGGCGUGUGAAGGUCUCCUCGCAACUUCGACUCCCUUUAAUCUCUCCUACAGAUCACUGGGGUCAAUGGGCCGCUCUCUUCGCCGCCGGAGCCUUCGGUGUCUGGUCGGAGAAGACGAAGAUGGGGAGUAUGAUGAGUGGUGCGUUGACCAGCACCUUGCUUGGACUCGCCGCGAGCAACUUAGGGCUAAUACCGUUCGAAACGCCGUCGUAUUCCUUCUUCAUGGAGUUUCUCUUGCCGCAUACGAUUCCGUUGCUGUUGUUUAGAGCUGAUCUCCGCCGUAUUAUCCGAUCUACUGGGUCUCUGCUCCUUGCUUUCUUAAUUGGAUCUGUUGCGACGGUUGUGGGAACUGUGGUGGCGUUUAUGCUGGUGCCUAUGAGAUCACUCGGUCCGGAUAACUGGAAAAUAGCAGCUGCUCUUAUGGGCAGCUACAUUGGUGGAUCUCUUAACUUUGUUGCCAUAUCGGAGGCUCUACGCAUUUCUCCAUCUGUUGUAGCGGCGGGGGUGGCUGUUGAUAAUGUCAUAUGUGCUCUACACUUUAUGGUGUUGUUUGCGUUAGCCUCAAAGAUACCCCCUGAGACCACCUCAGCAGCAUCUUCUUCUGAUGUUGACAUGACUAAGGAUGUUAAAGCUGAGGACAAGAACAGAGUGGUUUCAACUUCAAUUGCAUUAUCAGUCUCUUUCCUCAUAUGUAAAGCUGCGAUUUCGAUGACGGAGCUACUCAAGAUCCAAGGAGGCAUGCUUCCUGCUGUUACUGCCAUCACCGUCGUCUUGGCUACUUCUUUCCCUGGUUUCUUCAACUCUCUCGCACCUUCUGCUGAAACCAUCUCUCUCGUUCUCAUGCAGGUGUUUUUCACGAUUCUAGGAGCUACAGGGAGUGUAUGGAAUGUGAUCAACACUGCACCAAGUAUCUUCCUCUUUGCUGUAAUUCAAGUAAUGGUUCAUCUUGCAAUGACUUUGCUUCUGGGGAAGCUGUUCUCUAUCGACAUGAAGCUACUGCUUCUUGCGUCAAAUGCUAACAUAGGAGGCCCAACUACUGCUUGUGCCAUGGCAACCGCUAAAGGAUGGACUUCACUUGUCGUCCCUGGGAUUCUCUCUGGCGUUUUUGGAGUCUCCAUAGCAACUUUUCUUGGUAUUGGAUGUGGAGUUUUGGUCCUUAAACGAUUGUAAUUUCUUACCAAAUUAAACAGAUUUAAGAUUGGUGUAACCGAAAUUUUUUUUACUAUGGACAUAAUUUAAUUAAAAUAUUUAUUAGAGAAAUUUUUCAGGAU